UUAUUCAUAGUGAAUGUUAUAAAAGUAUUUUUGUUCGUUUUAAAAGUCCUUUCUUUUCUAAUAUACAUAACCAUUCUUUUCGCUGGCUAUAAAGUGCUCGCGCGUGAUAGUCGUGUCACUGCCGUACGUAUUUGCUUUGUAUUUCUGGCAAAAGUGCUUUAUUUUCGAUAAUGGAUGAAAAAGAGAAAUUGCAACAACGAAUUAAGGAGUUAGAAACAAAAUUACAAGAAGAGCAGAAUAAAAAUAUGUUAAUAACAAGAGAAAAGAUAGAACAUAUGUCAAGUGAAGUAGUUGACUCAAAUCCUUAUAGUCGGUUGAUGGCAUUAAAACGUAUGGGUAUAGUAAACAAUUAUGAAAGAAUAAGAGAGUUUACGAUUGCAAUAGUUGGAGUAGGUGGAGUUGGUAGCGUUACUGCAGAAAUGUUGACAAGAUGUGGAAUUGGAAAGUUAGUUCUUUUUGACUAUGAUAAAGUAGAAAUGGCAAACAUGAACAGACUUUUCUUUCAACCGCACCAAGCUGGUCAGAGCAAAGUGGAAGCAGCAGCAAAAACGUUGCAAUAUAUUAAUCCUGAUGUAGAUAUUGAAACUCAUAAUUAUAACAUUACCACAGUGGAUCACUUUGAAGAUUUUAUGAAUACGUUGAGCACAUCAAGUUUGAGUAAAGGACCAGUGGAGUUGGUACUAAGUUGUGUAGAUAAUUUUGAAGCAAGGAUGGCAAUUAAUACUGCCUGUAAUGAACUCAAUCAGAAAUGGUUUGAAAGUGGAGUUUCAGAAAAUGCUGUUUCUGGUCACAUUCAAUUUAUUAUUCCCGGGGAAACGGCUUGCUUUGCGUGUGCCCCUCCAUUAGUGGUGGCAGAAAAUAUAGAUGAAAAAACUUUGAAACGCGAUGGCGUAUGCGCAGCAUCUUUACCUACAACUAUGGGAAUCGUGGCUGGGUUUUUAGUUCAGAAUACAUUGAAAUACCUUUUAAAUUUUGGAGAGGUGUCCUAUUAUUUAGGUUACAACGCGAUGCAAGAUUUCUUUCCUAAAAUGACAUUGAGACCAAAUCCAAAUUGUGAUGAUAGAUACUGUAGAGAACGUCAGCAGGAGUAUGCAUUAAAACCAAAACAGGAACAAAGGGAGGAACAAAUAGUUGAAGAUAAGCCCCUGCAUGAAGAUAAUGAAUGGGGAAUUUCUCUCGUCGAUGAACAAGAUCAACAGGCAGAUGAAAAUGAGCGCUCAUUGUCGUUAGGUGUAAAAGAAGCGUAUAGCAUACCGUCACGUUCGACUGAUUCGCAAGUCGAUCAAAUUCCGCUUGAAUCUGAUGCUAGUCUAGAAGAAUUAAUGGCACAAAUGAAGUCUAUUUAAAUUCUGCUUCUUUGCGAUUAUUUUAU